AAACCCACAAAUUUAAUGUUGCUUUAAGUGAUUUGUGGGUUUAGUAAAAUGGCCACCUUUUGUAUAUAACAAACGGAUCAUGCAACAUGCAUUAAAGCCGAAUUUUCGAAUGAAAUCGAUUUGCUCGCGCUGACGUUACGUCCCAAAGCGACCCUAGCGGACUAGAUCGUGUGCUUGCUGGAGGUGCGGAGGCUCUGCGUCCUGCUGUGAGUUGCUACCUUGUGUGUCACCCUCUGUAGUGCGGGAGAGGGCGGAUUCGGACGGAGCCCGAGCUCGUUUGAAAGGAGCAGGAGCAGGAGCGAGCGUAGUGUGCUGGCCGACAGGGAGGGAGGAGGCCGGAGCAGGCAAAAGCGACAAGAGGAGCGGAGGAUUUUUAUGUAAAUGACAAAUAACUGUUUAGCACUAAUCCCACCUGUUGUUUAAGGAGAGCCGCUGCUCAGGAGGGGGUCACUGAGGAAACUUCUGCCAUCCAGUAAAUGUGAAGCGACCGAGACUUUUUCUUUUUCCUUUAAUUUUUUUUAAAUUGCGAGCUGCUAGCCUGCCUAGCUAGGAAUGAGUGUAGGACGCUAGCUGGCUUCUGUAACUAGUGCAUUCACAUGGACGCCAGAAUGGACGGAACUAUAAACGCGUUUUCUAUCCCGCGGCUUAUUUAACACGCCUUUACCGAAGUGUCAGUGAAAUUAUUUGUAUUUUAUUACCAUGUGCACUUAGGCGGCGGAGGCGCUGCGCAAAAAAUCUAAAUCCAACAUCGAUGGAGCAGGGGCGUUUUGGUUUGAGCUAGCUAGCCCAGCUAGCCGGCCUGCCUGCUCCACCACCAGAGCAAAAGCACAAAGCGCGAAAAGAAAGUAGUCGCACCAUUUUUUAUUGUUUUUUUUUAGACGGGUUUCAUAGUAUUUGGAGGUGCGUUUUGGGGGGAAAUUCAAAGCGGCUUCGUUUAACAGCAGGCUGUUUGCUUUAUGUUGGGGAGCAGAUAAAGCUAGCUAGAUCAGCUAGCCGAGAUUGGCUCAGUGUUUCAGCGCCCGGUCCCAAUGAAGGAGUACAAAGUGGUGGUGUUGGGCAGCGGUGGCGUGGGCAAGUCCGCCCUGACCGUGCAGUUUGUCACUGGCACUUUUAUUGAAAAAUACGACCCGACCAUCGAGGAUUUCUAUCGGAAAGAGAUCGAGGUAGACUCGUCUCCAUCGGUGCUGGAGAUCCUGGACACUGCAGGAACCGAGCAGUUCGCGUCCAUGAGAGAUCUUUAUAUCAAGAACGGCCAAGGCUUUAUCUUAGUUUAUAGCCUUGUAAAUCAGCAGUCAUUUCAGGACAUCAGACCGAUGCGUGACCAAAUAGUUCGGGUGAAGCGCUUUGAGAAGGUUCCCCUCAUCUUGGUGGGCAAUAAGGUGGACCUCGAAUCUGAGCGCGAGGUCGCCGGGUCUGACGGCCGAGCCCUGGCACAGGAGUGGGGCUGUCCGUUCAUCGAGACCUCGGCUAAGAGCAAGACCAUGGUGGACGAGCUCUUUGCAGAGAUCGUGCGCCAGAUGAACUAUGCCACUUUGCCUGAGAAACAGGAGCAGUGCUGCACGGCUUGUGUGAUGCAGUGAGGUCCCUGGCCUUACCGCACACUCCACAGCCACAGCACCUGGCAGGAGGCCCUUUUGAACCAGUGUCUGCUUCAGUGAUGUUUUGACCCCAUGAGCCACACCAGUGUCACUGAGCCGUCUGAACUCGGACUGAUGAGGUCACUUGACAAGCCUUGGUUUUGCUGCAGCGUAAAGCAGGGACUUUGAAAUCUCUGACUUUCAUCGGUGUCUGUAUUGUAGAGCACAUAUAUAAUACAGUAUAUACACAGUAUACUGGGUGUUUUUUUGGGAACUGCAUGAUAAGCAUCAGUGGGAGGGCAGAGGACUUUGGAAACAGGGCCAAAUGUGACAGGGCUAUUAAUAUCUAUUUUCUUAGAGGGGGAAUUAUGUUAUGUAUGAGCAGGAUUUCUGCCACCAGUAAAAUGCUGACGGUGCUCAGUUGUACAUCCCCAUGAUUUUCUUUUAACAUUUUAUGUUUGAUAUCUACUUUUAAAGUGAUAAUAGCCAUUACAGAGGUUUGAAACCCGGACCAUCUAACUUUGCGUUCUUUUGUUUUUAUUUUAUUUUUUAAGACUACAGUAUGUAUGCUUUUUUUCCCCUCUCAUAAUAGUAUAUUUAUUAAAAUGUUUAAUUACAAAAAUGGAUACAUAUUGAAUUUUUAUGUUCCAUUGGCCUUUUUGCUUUUUGUGACCGUAUGCAUUGUUUCUCAAAUGGAGCAUUAAUGACGCCUUAAAUGAUUACAGUUUCAAACUUGUGUGUGAA